UGUCUCAAAUUUGCCUUGCCUAAAACCUUCUUUCAUGGCAAUCUUAAUGGUGAGCAUAAGAGUCUGGGUUUUGGCUGUGGCUGUUACUUAUGUUUCUGUUCUUUGCAGCAACUUAGGGAAGGCAGACGAAGCAGUGCCUCAAACCGGUGGUGCAGGUCAUGAUCCGUCUCAAAUUGUUUCCGAAGCAUUGCUUUGUUUCAAUAAUAACUAUAUUUACAGUAACUGUGAAGAAUCUUAUAGACUGACUGAGAGUGGAAACCUCAAUGUGCCACCUCAAAACACUGAUGAAUACUGCGGUGGAUCGUGCCUGAUUGAGACAAACCUAGUGCUAAACUGCAUUGACAACAUCUUUGCUCACUUUGUGUUUUACAAUAAGGCCACAAUACAAGAUGUUGGAGAUACAGUUAAGUCAGCAUGUGGCAAUGGCCCAGAAAGAGGUAACUUUAAUGUGGCCGAGCACAUUCAAACUGAAAAAAGUAAUGCAUACAAGGCCAUAAAUCAUAUUCUCUAUGGGCUUGGAUUGAUGAUUGUGGGGCUUGGUUUAUUGCCUUAAUUUGUGUACUAAGAUAAAUCAUUUUCAGAGGCCAUUUUUUUUUUUUUUUUUUGAUAAAUCAAAUAUUGGGGUAGGGGAAUUUGAACUCUUGAUGUUUUAUUUGGAAAUACUAAAAAGUGUUAGUUGAGUUAUAAAUCUCUGAAGUCAAGUAUAUGUUUUCGAUAUGAUAUAUGUUCUAAUUAAUAUGAUUAACAUUGUAGA